AUGCCUGCUAAAGUUCAAGCAACUAAAGCUGCUAAGGCUGCCGCCGCCGCAGCUGGUUCUAAAAAAAGUAAGAAGAAGUGGUCUAAGGGAAAGGUUAAGGAUAAGGCCGACCAUGUUGUCAUUUUGGAUCAGGAGAAGUAUGACAGAAUUCUCAAGGAGGUUCCAACUUACAGAUUUAUUUCUGUUUCUGUUCUUGUUGACAGAUUAAAAAUUGGUGGAUCUAUUGCCAGAGUUGCUUUGAAGCAGAUGGAGAGAGAUGGUCUCAUCAAGGCUGUUGACAAGCACUCCAAGCAGUGGAUUUACACUCGUGCUACUGCUUAA